GGGGGGAGGGGAGCUGUCAUUUGUGAGUAUGGGUGUGAAUGCGCGCGCGCGCGUGUAUGUGUGUGCGUGUGCUCGCUUGCUUGCUUGCGGGGGCGGGCGCUGGGCCGGCUGUGCUGGGUACGAUCACCCCGAACUAAUGUGGGCUCUGCCCCCCGCCCCAUAGGACCCUCCCGCGACCCGUCUCUUCCAGUCCCUCGCUCGGCGGACGCCAGUGGGCUGUCGCGUCCCCAGCAGCCUGCUAGCUUUGGGCUGUGGCCCCGCCCGCCUGGAGGCCAGGCCUGCCCCUUUGUGGGGGAGCCCCGCCCCGGCUCCGCCCCCCCAGCUUCCCGGGCUGGAGAGGGAGCCGCGGGGCGAGCGCAGGAUGAGCGAGAGGGGCAGGAGCAGCCGCCAGCGCCAGCGGACGCGCCCCCCGAGCCGCCUGCCCACCCCGCGCUCCCCGAGCCCCCAGCGGCCGGGCCGGCCGGCUGGGUGGGCGCGUCUCUCUUCGGGGCUCGCCUGGGCGACCCCCUCGGCCAUGCCAGGCCAGCGCUGAGCCCUGUGGGGCGGGGUGGCGGCCGGAGCGGGAGCCGGGCCGGGCCGGGGUCCCCCGGCGACGGGGCCACCCGACGGCGUAGGCUGGCGCCCCCCGGCCUGGCGCUGGGCCCCGGGGCCAUGGCGUUCACCUUCGCCGCGUUCUGCUACAUGCUGACGCUGGUGCUGUGCGCAUCCCUCAUCUUCUUUGUCAUCUGGCACAUCAUCGCCUUUGACGAACUGAGGACCGACUUCAAGAACCCCAUAGAUCAGGGCAACCCUGCCAGGGCACGUGAGCGUUUGAAAAACAUUGAGCGGAUCUGCUGCCUCUUAAGGAAGCUCGUGGUUCCCGAGUAUUCUAUCCACGGCCUGUUCUGCCUGAUGUUCUUGUGCGCCGCGGAGUGGGUGACCUUGGGCCUCAACAUCCCCCUCCUCUUCUACCACCUAUGGAGGUAUUUCCACCGCCCGGCAGACGGCUCCGAGGUCAUGUACGACGCCGUCUCCAUCAUGAACGCAGACAUCCUCAACUACUGUCAGAAGGAGUCCUGGUGCAAACUCGCCUUCUACCUGCUCUCCUUCUUCUAUUACCUGUACAGUAUGGUUUAUACGUUGGUGAGUUUCUAAAGGGGGAAGCCGGCCAGGGAAUGAACCCCAAGAACGGACCGGACGCCUGUGUACCCCCAUCCCCGCGCCCCUUUCGGACAGCGGAGAAGAGCCACUCCCCGCUCCCCCCCCCGUCCCCCAGAAGCCUCGGCUCUGGGGGAAGGCGAGGGGCGCCGGGGCCUCCUCAGCCCCUGCCCCCCGAAAUUGCUGCUAUGGGAUGGCCCGCCCCUCCCCCCAUCCCCAUUUCGCCCUCCUGCGCUGCGCCAGCCUCUGUCAGAGCGGCGCCUCCCAAAGGCAGCCGGGAGCCCAGGCGGACGGGGGCCCUUCGAGCCCCAAGCCCCUACUUGGAAAACCUAGUACUUGGGGAGGGGUUUGGGGUCCUCAUCCGCUUUGGAGAUAACUGAGGGACAGGGGACAGGGGUGCUGGAGAGGGACUGAGCUCGGGAGAGGGGAACUGGGCCCACCCCACUUCCAGAAGGAGCGACUAAUCAUCCCUCCGCUCUUUCCCAGCGACCCCAGGGCGUGGCCCGGGAGGCAGGGCCUCGGGGAGGGGAGGGGCGUGAGCAGGCUCAGCCGGGAGCUCCUCCUCAGCCCCACCUCCCGCUCCCUGCUCUCCCUCUGGCCUUCCCCUCCUUCUGCCUUUUCUCGGCUCUUUCUUCUGUGUCCCCCCCCCUUGCCACCCCCCCCACCCCUGUCCUUGUCUCUCCCCGUGCCCCGGUUUUCUAAGGCGUUGGGGGCCUGGCCCUCUGCAGCGCCUGGAGGAGUUUGUGUGUAAAACCCAAGUCUCUCUAGGCCAGUCCUGGCCAUUUGUGAUUGAAUAAACAGUUGCAAAGA